UCGCUACAUUGUAUCCGUGUCCAGAAGCGACGCUCGGCGGAGGCGCUGCGGCUCCUUUCCGCGGGAUUCGAGCGCCUGGAGGCCGCAGGGGCCAAUCGAGGGUCCGAUUCGCCCGCAUCGCGCGGAUUGAGGGGAUUAUUCGAAUUAUUGGUCUGUCGUUGCUUGAUUGUUGGCUGAUCGUCGGGGUUCGAGGAGGAUCUCGCGCGUGAUGGCCGUGCUCCACUGAAGUGGCCUUCCUCCUCAUCCUCCUCCUCCUCCGCUGUGGAUUUCUGGGAGUUGUUACGCCGUCGGGGGGAAUUCUGGGAGCUCCGGCGGUCUUGCCCGACCUCUGUGGAUCUAUGGAGUGUCCCCGCACGUGCCACCGUGGGUCGGAGUGUCCGCAGGGGGCAAGAUGUGGCUAGUUGGGACACGGAGACCCUGAGGCUGCCGCCAGCCUGCUGCUGCUGCUACUACUGCUGCCCCCGGUGGCGUGAGUAGGCAUCACACCCAACUGUCGAACCUGGGCCGCUGGCACUAAGAUGUCCCUCAGUGGUGGCGCUGCAGGCGGCAAAGCUGUGGACUCGAAUGCGGUGGACCCCUACGACAGCGGCGAUGAGUGGGACAUUGGCGUUGGCAAUCUGAUCAUUGACCUCGACGCGGACCUAGAGAAGGACAAACUCGAGAUGUCUGGCACCAAGGAGGGCGGGGCCAUGGGUGCCCCCCCCAGUGCCGUGGCGGCUUUGCCCGAGAACAUCAAAUUCGUAAGUCCCGUGCCCACUCCCCAGGGCAAGGAGAGCAAGGCCAAAUCCAAGCGCAGUAAGAACUCCAAAGAAGCCGGAAAGGCUUUGGCUGCCGAUGGCGCCAAGAAGGAGGCCCACGGUCGCGCUCAGGUGGAGGGUGCCGGUGCGGCUAUGAGCUCCGCCCCCAUGGGCACCUCAGCAACUUCGGCCUCUGGGAAGGGGAACGAGAAGGGCGGGAAAGCGUCCCGUAACGUUCCCGGCGCGAAAAAGGACAAGGAAGGCUGUUCGACAAAGAACAAGAAGGAGAAGAGCGAGGGAGCCGCAGUCACCGCGAUCGCCCUGGAGAAAGAAGGGGGCGCUCCAGCGCUUACUCUGGGGGUCGUCCGCGGCGCCCCUUUCGAGGGUCCGCCUUGCACGGACUCGGCCGCGACCGAGUUGCUCGGGAACGUGGCGGCGGAGUCUCCUGGAAUGAUCCCGUCUUUGACCAUUAAGACAGAACCUGAGGAUCCGGAGGGCGGAGAAUGCAGGGCCACGAAGAAGGUGAAGAGUGAAAAGAUUGAGUCCCCGGUGUCCACACCUGCCCUCCCCCCCCUGCAGCUCCUGGCUCCGGUGGCCCUCGGCGACAUCGCCUCGCCCUGCGAGCAGAUAAUGGUUCGAACGCGCUCCGCGGCGGUGAACACGGCCGACGUGGGCCUGGCCACCGAACCCGAAUGUCUGGGCCCUUGCGAGCCGGGAACCAGCGUCAACCUGGAAGGCAUCGUGUGGCAGGAGACCGAAGACGGGAUGCUGGUGGUUAACGUUACCUGGCGGAACAAGACAUACGUGGGGACCCUGCUGGACUGCACCCGGCAUGACUGGGCUCCACCCAGGUUCUGCGAGUCUCCCACGAGCGAUGUGGAGAUGCGUAACGGGCGUGGGCGCGGGAAGCGCAUCAGACCCAACAGCAACACCCCGGUGCAGGAGAACAGCAACUCCUCGGACAACAAGGGCAGCGGCAGCAGUAAAACACGGGCGGGCUCUAACAGCAAGGGCCGCCGGGGCAGCCAGACAUCCUCGGAGCGCCGCACUCCCCCCAACAGCAAUGCAGAGGACAUCAAGGCAAGUCCGUCGUCCGGCAGCAAGCGCAAGACCAAACCUGCCUCUGACAUGGAGCCCAAUUCGAGCUCGGAGGACACAAAGGGAAGCAAGCGCAUGCGCACCAACUCGAGCAGUGGCUCCGCCUCCUCCGCCGUCCGGCCCGACGUGCUGCCCCCGCCCCUGGAUCGCAGCUGCCCCUCGCCGGUCCUUAUCGACUGCCCGCACCCCAACUGUAACAAAAAAUACAAGCACAUCAACGGGCUGAGGUACCACCAGGCGCGGGCACACAACGAUGACGACGUCAAGCUGGACUUGGACGGGGACAGCGAGUGCGGCGAGGACUCUGCUCUGCAGCCCGAAGGCAGCAGCUGUAACGGGGCAUCUAUCUCCCAGAGGGGCUGCCUGUCUCCGGCGUGCUCGUUCGCUCCCAAAGGCCGAGGGUUCGACGCUCACAGUCCCUCUCCUUCGCCGGGUAAGCUAGUCUCCAAGCAGCCAGGCAAAAAGAGGCCUGCAGAUGGAGAUCUCGAGACGGCAGGCUCAGCCGAUGCCUGCGAGGAAGGACCGUGCCUCACUGACGAGGCCAGCAACGAUGGCACGGACGACAGGAAGGCUUCGGACAAGGAAAAAUCCCGAAAAGCGGGCGGCGCCAAGUCAGAGAAGUCCUCGCACAAGAGUGUGAAGUGUGUGAGACCCGGGCCUCCCACCAGCACGUCCCAGCAGCUGUACCCCAUGUCGACAGCCUCGUUUUCGGCAGGUCCCCAGGGUCCUGCUUUGAGUACCGUGGUCCAGAGUGUCCCCAAAAGCCCCCAGUUAAAAGGCAUCCAGCCAAAGCCCGUCGCCAUGGGAGACCCCUCGGCGGUGAGCCCCUCUCUGAGCUCCUCCAAGGACAAGAAGAAGAAGGAGAAGAAGAAGAAGGAGGCGGGUAAAGAUGCAGAGAGUCCUCGCCCCCCAGGGAAAGGAGCCAAACCAGAGGAGGGCAAGAGUCCAUAUUCGGAGUGCUCCGACUCAGGAGCCAAGAGCGACGGGCUCCUCAACGGCUCCUCCGACCCCCAUCAGAGCCGCCUGGCCAGCAUCAAGGCAGAGGCGGACAAGAUCUACAGCUUCAGCGACAACGCGCCCAGCCCGUCCAUCGGUGUUGGCAACCGGCUGGAGGGCGGCGGUGGGGGACAGCCCCUCGCACCCUUGCAGGGGGCUGCGCAGAAUGGGGCUGACAACUCCUCGGCGAAGACCAACAGCCCUGCGUAUUCGGACAUCUCCGACGCCGGGGAAGAUGCAGAGGCCAAGGUGGAGAACGUCAAAGCCAAAACUGAGGAGCAGGUAGUGCGGGAAGGUGCUAAAAAAUCUCUUUUCCCCUCACAAACCCCAAGCAAGGAGUCGCCUUACUAUAGCACGUAUGAUAACUACUACUCUCCCAGCUACACGAACCCCAGCCCGGGGGCUUCGGCCGUGGCUGCUCCGCUGACUGAGGGGGGGCAACCGAUGAAGGUGAAGAAAGAGGAGGAGCAGGAGGCCAAGGUGAAGGUGGAGCCCCACGAGGAGCGCAAACCUGAGCUCGGCACCCCCAGUCCGCAUCACCACCACCAUCACCACCACCAGCAUCAGCAGCCCUCGGUCAUCCAGCAGCGCUCCAGCAUCUACAUGCAGCCGCUUUACUACAACCAGUACGCCUACGUGCCGCCCUACGGGUACCACUCGGAGCAGGCCUACCACAGCCACCUCAUGAGCACGAACCCCACGUACCGGCAGCAGAUUGAAGAGCGGCAGCGGCAUGUGGCGGAGCACCACCGCGCUGCAGACAAGAAGGACAGGGAGUCCUCCACGAAGGAGGAGUGGAAGCAGAAGGCAUCCAUCCCCCCUACCCUGUCCAAGACUCCCAGUCUGUCAGACCUGGGCAAGGUGCAACCGCCCAGCAAGUGUAAGGAGUCAUCGGCAGAAGGCACCAAAUCAGUCAUCAUCCCCAAGGAAGACUCCAGAGGCCAGGUGCAGCAAGCAGAGGGGCUGAAGAUGAAGCUGAGUGAGGGGGCUCAUCACAUCAAGGAGGAGCAUAGAUCUUCUGUGGACUCAGCUAUGUGGUACCGACAGGAACAGGAGUCCCGCCUGUGGCCCUAUGUUUACCCCAGUAAGUACUGCGAGGCACAGAAGCAGCAGCAGCAGCAGCAGCAGCAGGAGGAGGAGCGCUGGCGGGACGAGAGGGAGCAAGAGAGACACAGGGAGAGGGACCGGGACAGGAAGGGCAAAGAGGACAGAUCUCGGCCCAAGGAGGAGAGUAAAGAGAGCGGCGACCCACGAACGUCCGCAGCAGAGGACCACCGGGCAGCGGGCAAGGACCCUCGCGGCACGGCUCACAUGCAGUUCUCCUCCCCACUGGCCCAGCACCAGUCCUACAUGCCGUAUGUGCACGGAUACCCCUACGGACAGGGCUAUGACCCCAAUCACCCCGGCUACCGCGGGAUGCCGUCUGUCAUGAUGCAGAACUACCCAGGGUCCUACCUGUCGGCAGGUUAUCCCUUCUCCCACUAUGGCAGCAAGGUGGGUGGUGCCGAGGAAGGAGACAAAUCGCGCGGCAGCCCCACAGUCAGCGGCAAGGCUGCCUCUGAGGCCAAGGCUCUGGACAUCUUACACCAGCACGCCAGCCAGUACAAGAGCAAGUCCCCAAGCGAGAAGGGAGGCCACGAGAGGGAGCGGCUGGACCGCGACAGGGACCUGGACCGGCCCCGGUCCUCACCCUCGCAGCGCAUCGUUCCCACCCACCACCACCUGGGCUACCCCCUGCUCUCAGGGCAGUAUGACUUGUCCUAUGCUGCAGGUCUGUCAUCAUCAGCCAUCGUUGCCAGUCAGCAGGCCUCAGCACCCUCCCUGUACCCCCCAGCGAGGAGGUGAGAACGGGUCACCCGAUCACCAGCUGCAGCCUUGCAGGAGCCAUGUGACUGGAUCACAUGAGGCGGUGCGCAAAGCUCAUCUAGACAUCAGUUCAAUGGUGUUUCUGUAUUUUUGUUUUUCUGCUUGGCGGGUCCUCCUCCUCCCAGCAAGUGCUACCGCCCACCCACCAGGGUUCCUGCAGUCUGAAGGGAUGCUGCCUGAGGUCCACCUGUCACUGAAGAGGGGAUAGAGGAAUGGACCAAGUCACACUGCUUGUGGAAGGGUUCUGGUGCAUCGGUACGGGGUGGUCAAGGGGCAUAAUGACUCACAUCGCCACCUUCCCCUGGUCCUUGUGGUCUGUGGUGGGUGUCGGUAUUUAGCACAGUGACAUCACCUGUUUUAUGUGGGACCCUCGACAGCUGGUGUAAUGCUUCAGCAUCCAUCGCCCACCCCAGUGACAGAUCGAGUCCCACCACCACGUUACCGCUGCGGGGGGCCGCCGGGCUGCUCUCGCUCUUCCCAACUGUUUCUCUGUUGAGCUACUUCUGCACGUUGUAAAAUGUCAUGAGAGCAUUAAGUCACGGCUGUGGCAUUGAGGACAAAUUGAGUGCAUCCUCUGUUGUGUCCAUGCCCCGCGCUGCCAUUUCUGUAUAUACUGUACAGAGGAGUUAUUUUAAAGAGCCUGUCGGAAUUUCAUACCUUUUUGUCCAUUUUUCUUUUCUACUGUUACGUAAAUGAAGAGAUGCGUAGCUGGUGAAACAAUUCUGCGUUUGAAAUUUAGCUCUAAACUUGUAUGUCAGACCCUGCCCUCAUUCACUCCCUUCUUAGAAAACAACAGACCUUAAACACUGAGUGUGCACUCAGACCCCCCGUCAAGUUUUCCUCUUGCCAUAGAGACCAUGAUGCUGUGCAGGUUGUCCAGGUCUCUACCACCAAAACAGUACAGGCAGGCACUUUUAACUGGCAGUAACUUAGGUAAUUUUAGCGCCCCCUGCAGGCCACUGGACGUUGCGUUCAGGACUUUGUGAACGCAAACAAGAUCCAGGUUCGUGUCCUGCAUCUUCCACUGCUGCCAGCAGGUCCUCUCAGGUGCGUUUAGUAAGUCUAGGGGUCUGGGACAUGUUCCCGAGUCAAAGCGCCCCCAGCUGGUUGAACUGCUUCCAUUUGGGGGAUUUCAGUCACUUGUCCCAACAAUAAACCACAAUUUCACACAUUCAUGUUGAAUCCAGUAGGCAUUCUUCACAUGUUCCACACACCGUGGUUUUACCUUAUCUACGAGCCCAAGUUCAGAGGGGUGUAAACCAAGAUAGGGCCCAGAAGGUUUGAGGCUGAAUCCCCAGAAGAACUGUGCCAGCAACUGUCUGCUCACUGCAACUCCAUUCAUUCUAGAGAACAUUUCCAAAAUUCCAAUUAUUUUGUUACAACCUUCUGUUUCACAUUACAUGUUAAGAUUCUCUGAAAUGGUGCUGGUUGGAUUUCAGUUAUCCAACCACGUGUUGGGUGGGGAUUCAGUUCUCUCAUCAGACUCUGCCCCCCUCCCACCCUCACUCCUCACCAGUGCUUAGUCAGUCAUCGGUACUUGAAUGAGAUAUUUACAGAUGUGUAUUUUUUGUAGUGUUUCAGAUGCCCCCUUCCCCUCAUUCAGGUCUGCUCCCAUUGGUUUCCUAUUCUGUAAAGUGUACAUUACCACAUUUUUUUAUACAGUACUGUACCUUGCCUUUGUACAUUUAGGCGGAAAAAAUAAAUCUUUU